ACAAGCGACAAGGUAUACAUAGGCAUGUUGGGUAUGUGCUAGGCGAGCGCUGCCAGAUAGAAGUUACCUUUGCUCUGGCCUGGACGAUGCACGGUGGUCGUCUGGUUUAGCAAAUUUUCUCAACUUUUCAAGUGUGUGUGUGCAGGAUUUUUUCACAAAGGCAUACAAUUUGAAGAAUUAAAUAAAUUAACUAAACAAAUUGUCUUUCAAUUUACCAACGAUUGGUGGAUAUUCAUGAAAAAUUGUAUUUUUAAUGUUUUUAAACAAAUUUUGUAAACGUGAACUGCAGUGGUUAAGCCUGAAAAAAAAAUAUUUUUUGGAGCAAAACAAAAGUGAAUUGGUUAUGUAAAAGCCACUAAAAAUAUAUUAUUGCAAUUAAUCGCAACGGUGUGAGCUCAUGGUUUGAAGCAACUUUUUGUCACUUGUGUUUGUGUGGACCCGAAUUUCGUAAAAAAAAAAAAUUAAAAUUAACAAAUAAAAAGGAAUAAGUUUAUAUUACUUUGUUAAAAAUUCAAUAUAUCGUAUAAAAAGAGGAAAUAAAUAGCAAAUUGUCAACUCGCUAUAAUCCUCAAGACAGUGGCGUCGAACGAGGGUACCCAUAAUACCGCUGCAGGCAGUGCAGCUGAUGGUGGUGCUGGCACAAGUGGUGAAUCGGCCGCACUGUUCUCCAAACUGCGAAGCUUCUCCAUCGGUAGUGGCCCGAACUCGCCACAGCGCGUAGUCUCGAACUUACGCGGUUAUCUAUCGCAUCGCCUCAGUAAUAUCACACCGAGCGAUACAGGUUGUCCAGACGUUUGCCAACGAUCCUACUAAAAUGCAAAAAUAUGCCAUACAACAAAUGUAGAGUGGAGAGGGAAAAGCUAAUGUACGACAAGCCACAAGCAGACGCCACAAAACCGAAGUUUAACGAAAGCAACGCUAAGCCAACACACACACAUACUCACACACAACACUAAAGAAACGAACACAAUGUGCCUGUUAGUAACAACAACAAGAAGAACUAAAACAACAAAAUUUAGUAAAAUCACAACCAGCGGAGAAAGCGAGGGAGAGCAUAUUACCAACUAACGUAAAAGUUUUUACGUUCCAAACCAACACGAGAAGUAGAGAAGUAAACCCACAAAAGUUGCGAAGCAUACAAAAAAGGGGAAAUGCAACAAAAAUGAAAUUAAAAGUUCCGAAACUAACUGAAAACGUUUGGACUAAUAAUAAGACAACAAGAAAGUACAGCAUAGUGUUUAAAAAGGGAUAGUAAGAGCGUAAAGGAGCCAAGCCAAGCUAAGGACACAACAUAACAAAUUAAAGUGCGAACCUACGAGCUACGCCGUAUUAAGUACAAAACUUUAGCAAUAAAAAGAAUAUUUAAACAUUUAAAAAUCUUUAACGUAAGUCUACAAAAAUGGCCGGUUCAUUUCAAAUACCGCUGCUAAAUCUCGAGCUGCGGGAGGUCAAAGAAAUUGUUUGGGAGAAAAUUCAAGAGCCCGUUAACCAACGUCGUCUCAUCUUAGUGAUAGUCUCGAUAGCGCUGCUUUUGGACAACAUGCUGUACAUGGUUAUCGUACCGAUUAUACCGGAUUAUUUGCGUGAGAUCGGUAGCUUCGAUGAUGACACACCAACGCCGCCGCCAUUGCGCGAUAAUCGCACCGGUCUAAUAAUACCCGUACACCACGACCAUCAUGGACAAGACUCUGCCACCGGCAUACUAUUCGCAUCGAAGGCCAUUGUACAAUUGAUGGUGAACCCCUUCUCCGGUGGUCUCAUCGAUCGCAUUGGCUACGACUUACCCAUGAUGAUCGGUCUGACCAUUAUGUUCUUCUCAACAGCGAUGUUCGCUUGUGGCCGCAGUUACAGUUUACUUUUCUUCGCGCGUUCUCUACAAGGUGCGGGAUCGGCUUUUGCCGACACAUCGGGCUUAGCCAUGAUAGCUGAUCGCUUUACCGAGGAAAAUGAACGUUCACAAGCAUUGGGUAUUGCUUUGGCAUUCAUCAGUUUCGGUUGUUUGGUUGCGCCACCUUUCGGCGGCGCACUCUAUCAGUUCGCCGGCAAGGAAGUGCCCUUUCUUAUUUUGGCGUUAGUGUGUCUCUUGGAUGGGCUUAUGUUAUUGCUGGUAAUGAAACCGCUUAAAGAUCAAAUAAGACAAAGCAAAGAGGUGCAACAACAAUCGAUUCCUAUAUGGCGCUUGCUAAUGGAUCCAUACAUUGCGGUCUGUGCCGGUGCAUUGACGAUGUCGAAUGUGGCAUUGGCUUUUCUAGAACCCACCAUAUCGCUGUGGAUGGAAGAUAAUCUAACAACAGAGAAUUGGAAAAUUGGUAUGGUGUGGCUGCCCGCCUUCUUUCCACACGUGCUGGGUGUAGUCAUCACUGUGAAAAUGGCGAGAAAAUAUCCACAUCAUCAAUGGCUUAUGGCCGCCGUAGGUUUAGCACUUGAAGGUUUCUCCUGCUUCAUAAUACCGUUCUCCAGCUCCUACCAAAUGCUAAUGUUACCCAUUUGUAUUAUUUGCUUCGGCAUCGCACUCAUCGAUACUGCACUCCUACCUACGCUGGGCUACCUGGUGGACGUGCGCUAUGUAUCCGUGUACGGCAGCAUAUAUGCUAUUGCCGAUAUUUCAUAUUCGAUCGCAUACGCAGUCGGUCCCAUCAUUGCGGGCGGUGUAGUAGAGGCGAUCGGUUUUACAGCGCUGAACUUCAUCAUUGCCUUCUCCAAUCUGCUGUAUGUACCCGUGCUACGUAAACUGCGUAACAUCUACGAUUUUAAACCGUUCGAAAAUGAAGCCAACAUUCUUAUGCAAGAUCCACCAAACAAAGAAUAUCAAACUUAUGUAAUGCACGAUCAGAAACCUAUCGAUGGUGAUUUCAAAAAUCAUCUCGAGUAUGGUCAACAAUAUCAGCAGGAGCAGGAAUCCAAUGUGGACGAUACAAACUAUGAGUAUCAACAACAAGAUGGUUACCAGCAAGCUGGCGGAGUUGGCGGUGGGGCUUAUCAGCAAAAUCAGGGUUAUCAACAGCAAUAUCAACCUGGCUAUCAGGAGCAGGGCGGUAAUUAUCAGCAAGAAACGCGACAUCUUCCACAACAACGCGUCGCAAAUCCGUUCCAGCAUCAGCAGCAACAACAGCAAAUUAACGAUGGUGUCGGCGGGAGUAGAGGCCCUGCUGGUCCAGCGAAUCCAUUUAGACAAGGAUUUUAAAAUGUUGUCUUAUACAAAGUUAGCGGUAAUCUAUGUUUGUUUUUAUAUCUUUGAUCGCAUAGUUUAUGUGUUCCGUUGAUUUUUCAAUAACAUAAUAUGUACUUUGUUGUUGUGGCUAAUAGUAAUACUAUAAUACCUAUAUAUACAUAUAUCUAUACAAAUAAUGCAAAUAGGUGAGAAGUUACAUGAAAAAUUAAUAAAUAAAAGCGAUCAUAUAAUUAUCAUAGCAAGUGAAGUGUACACUAUAACCGCAUGACUAGGCAUACCAUAGAUACUCGUACAUGAUGUUGCACCUAAAAUAUCGCAUACAUACAUAUACUCAUAUAUACGCCUGUAUGUAGAUAUACUAUAUAAAGAGUUAGAUAACAGAAUCUCAAAAGUAGCUAAGAAUUUCCAAUGCAAACAGCACUUUUGUAUUAUACACUGAAAAUAGUUAUAUAUUAUCAUAUAGGUAUUGAUAACUCUAGUUGAGUUAAAGAUCAUUUAAAAUAGCAAUAACAAUGUACGCAUCAAUAUGUAUAGUCUAUGUCGUGUACAGUAUAGCAUAUAAAAGGAGCGCUUUGGAACGGUUAUUGUGUACGAAUAUUGCUAUUUAGUAAAAAUUCUCAAGCACAAAUUAUUAUUUUAGCAUUAAAAAAUUUAUAGUUUUGUUUAUUAUUUAACAAAAAUAGGUUUAUUUAACGCAAACGCAUCGGCUAGAUGGUUAUAGAACUAGCCAAGAAUCACUUCCGACUGGAAUGAGCCAUACCUAUGUAUGACAGUUCACAAAAAUACAUACUGAAACCGUAAAUAAUUUUUGGUAGGCGAUACAUGACUGAAGUUUAGACACAGCAUUGAUUUACUCAUUAUAAAAUAAAAUAGAGAACACUGAUUGGUUCUAACAGGCCAAAAGUUAAAAAAACAAGUUGGGAAAAUCUGAUUUAAUUGCCCUUAUAAACACAAUUUUUUACGUUUGAAACGAAAGAAAAAAUAUAUUCUUAUAAUUAUUUAAUUUUUACUCGAAUAGGAAUAAUAUUUGUUAAAAAGUGUAUCAUCAAACUUUUUCUAUGGCGGGUUAAGACAUUUUUCGUAAAAUUUUCCAGAUAUUCGCUUCUUUUCUUUAAGAUACACUUAGGCUUGGCUAGGUUAGGUUAGAUGGCUGAUCCCCUAAGAUGGUGAGGGAUCACAGAAACAGACUUUUGUGAAUACAGAUAAGAACUCUUGUAGUUGAAUAUUAACUCUCGACUAAGUGUCUUCAACUUAUCACAAAUCUGAUUUCCGCUAUUCCAUCUGGAUGUCGCAAAGCGUGAGAUGCAAGGUAUUUUAGGCUUCAUCUGGCAAAGACGGGAUAUUCCAGAAGAAAGUGUUGAGACGAUUCGAUCUUAUCCUCUUCCACGCAACUUACACACCUGGAAUUCGAUAUAUUUUUCAAUUUUACCGCAUGAAACCCGAUCGGGCAGUUUCCAGUUAGAACUCAUACAACUACUGAAAAGUGAACUUUACAAAGGGUGAAGAGCACACUGGUAUCUGACCAUCGCUUGCGCAGCUCGCCCGAAGUCCAAUCAUCUAGUAGUGAACUGCAAGAAGCCAGUGCAGCUCCUACCCGUUCCCAUUCUACAGCUAUUGAGACAAAACUGCAAGCUGGGCAGCAACCUAAAUCAGCCUGCUCACAAAGUAACUCAAUACCAGAGAUCGUGCAGACACAUAUCUUCACUAGUAUCGAGCGUAUAGUCAGGGAGUUCAAUAAUCAAGAGACACUAAGUUUAUGUUUCCUUUCUUUCAUGGUAAUAUGGUAUUCUUCCAUGUCGCCUCUUUUAAUUAUAACCAUACAUACUGAAAAUACUUAGAGGUAUUAAAUGUUACGUGAUCUUGCUGAAAAUGGUCGUGUUCACCUUUAAAAAGUCUAAUUCAAGCCAAUAGAAUUAUUGUGGAUAUAAAAUGGAAACACGGUAACAUUUGUUUCCACUUUUCGUUUCCUAUAAAAUUUAAAUAUACUUUCAGGUGAAAAAGUUUAAAAUCACUUAACGUGAGGUAUUCAAUACAUAAUUUUAAUGCAGAAACAUAUCAUUAUGAUAAACCUGAAGCCGUGCAAAUAUGAUAUAUACAUAUAAUAAGCGCUUACCAAGUUUUACUGCGUGUUGACGUAAGUUAUGAAUACAAUUCGCAAUUUAUUUACUUAUUAAUUAUUGCUAUUUUAUUUUGUGAAAACUUCAGUCAUUUCAGCCGAAAUACCAAUACGAAGUAUAUUAGUUAAAGUUUUAAAGAAAAUAAACAUUUUGGUUUGUAAAUUAGAUGGAAAAGUAUAUAAACAAUGAAGCUAGCAAAACCAAAGAUUACCAGUUAGACAUACUAUAGUGACAAAGAGUAGAACGAAAAUGAAAUCGGAAGUUACGAGUAACAAAAAUUAGCAUGUAUUUAUGUAAGUGUGGCAAACUGGCGAUUCGGUGCUGCUCUAGCAACACUAUCCACAUGGCAUCAAUAUCGCUUACAUAUCAAAAGUUGCACAAAAAUCUUUCGGGUGUCGUUGUGAAGUGACGCUGGCGCACCGAAUCGCUCGUUCGUCUUUCUAGAUUUAAUAAAACAAAUACAAAAACAAAAAAAUCCUCAGUUCAAUUAUGUGUUUAGUUUAAGUUUGACGCCACAAGCCGACAUUGCACGUGGCCGACAUCGCACAUGUCUACAUAUCAAUUAAAAAAGUUGACGUGUCGCCGAUUGAGUACACACAGUCGGUGUGGCAGAUAACGAUUCUUAAACAUAAGACACAACCAAGGUAACGAUACAUAUCAGAGUCGCAUGGCUCGCCUGUUAAAAUUACCACAGUGAUAUUAAUUAUUGCUAUUUAGCCUGUAAUAUACAUACAUUUAUAAAAACAUAUACUUAUAUUAUAUUAUAGAUAUCUAUACAUAACUAUACAUACUUAUAUAAAUAUGAAUAUAAUUAUAUAACUUUACUCGUGUGUAGUUUAUAUCUCUUUGAAAUUAAGCGAUUAUGAAACUAUAGCUUACUCAAUGAAUAUCUACACAAGCAUAAAUAUUUUUAUUGCAAUUAUGCGUUAAACACUGCAGUAUAUAUUUACUUAUAUGAUGCAUAUACUGGAUUUAUGUAAGUGCGAAUUAUCAUAUACAUAUGUUACAUAUACGAGUAUGUAACGACUUACACCGUUAUAUACACAUGAAUAAUGUUAUCUUUUCGAUAGUGUUUAUAAUCAGGAAUAAAUAACUGUAAAAGUUCUCUUCAAUUUUUAUAUUUAAAGUGUGUGAGUAAAUAUUAGUUACUUAUAUGUACUCAUUAGUAUGUAAUUAUGCAUAUAUAAUAUAUAUUUAUAAAUGUAUGCGCAUGAAGUGAUUGUCGAGAGAUAUAGUUUAUGAGAACAGCGUAAAAUAUAGUUUAAUUUAUUUUUAAUCAAAAUUUAAAAAAAUGUAUUUGUUAUCUAAACACACGAACAUUUUUUUGCUCCUUAUCGGGAAUUUCUCUUCCUCUCUCGCCUAUUGCAUUUACACGGGCACUCGGGUCAGGCAACUCAAGUCGGAAAAUGUCUGCUUUUUCUUUUCAUAUCAGAUUCUCAAAACCCCUCAUUUUAUUUAAUACAAAAAUUAAAAAUUUACAUUUACAGAAUAUAAUGCACAUUAAUUUUGGUGAAUCAUUUUGAAAAAUUUUUAUUUCCUUGAUCCCGUAGCGGAUCUCUAGGAGAAAAAAAGAUGUCUGACGGUGAGAAAUAUUUUUCUGCUUAAAAUUAUCCCAAGUCUAAAAUCCAAAAAAAUAUAUUAUUACGAUAGGUAAAUACGGGUAAUGAUCGAAGGACUAGUCAAAAUAUUUAUUUUUGACAAAAUAGCGGUGUCGCAAAAAGAAAAGUAGUUUUUUUUGAAGGCUUAACAAAUCAAACUCGUUUUAAUUCGAUCAAUACUCGGAAAAUAUAUCUAGGAAGGUCGUGUGAAAAUUUUAAGUCAGUCAGUCUACCUGUUUCGGAGAAAUUUCCUCACCGACUUUGAGUGUUUGGAGAGAAACGUGUUUAAAGUUAGCCGAGUUUACUUAAGUCAAAAAUUCUUACAAAAAAGCUCAUAUCUUCGAAAUUAUAUUGUAUUUGCCGGAUUAACUUGAAAUCUUCGAAAUUUAUGCAUUACAUACAUUCGAUAUACAAUAUGUGUAAACAACAAAAAAUAAUUUUUUUUGAAAUUCACGAGUGGAUAUAACCCCUUAAACGUCGCAUAAACAUAUUUUUAAUUAGCUAAUUUUUAUAAUUAUUCACAAUGUUCUAAAAUAUUUCUUUUAAAUUUUGCAUAUUUGUGUACAUAUUUGCAUUUUAUAUGCAUAAAAUAUAUGAUAAAAUUAUAUAUUUUCGAACAAUUCAAUUUUCACAAUUGCACCAAUGAAAAAAGUUUCUAAAUGAAAACGAAAGCCGAAUAGCAUAGCAGCGAACUGUUACGAAAAAUAACACAAAGCGUGUUGCUUGAGCACACGAGACUCCUUCGGUUUUUUCGCCCAACUACUAGUUUGAAAAAUAAGAAUUUUCGUGUGUGAACACAGUCUUAGUGAAAAGUUUCUAAUAAUGCCUUUUAUACGGUUACAUAACAUAAAUAUGUACGUAGAACGGUUUUAACAACCUAAACAAGUGACUUUGAUUUGAUCAGAGACAAAAUAAGUGUUAUUUUUAAUUUUCUUGAGUUCAAUUAAUCUUGAAGAAACAUUUGUUGCAAAAUCAUUAUUAAACCCCUGUUAAUUUUCGUGUCAAAGUUUUUGUUAGAAAAUGUUACUUUUAUUUAAAAGGUGUAUUUCUACAAUUUUUAAUAUAAUUUUAUGUAUGAUAUACUAUUUUUAAAAAAAAUUUUACAAAAAUUACAAAAUAAACUGUUCUACAGCCUUUUCGAUCAAUUUCAUGCACAAAAAAAAACUGUAAAAUUAGAUUUAAAAAAAAAGUAUAUAAGAAAUAUAGAAGAAAAUUUAAAAGUAAUAUUAAUAAAUUCUAUAUGUACAUAAACAAAAAAUAUGACGAUUUCAUAUUUACAUACCUACCAAUCAAUUAUUAUUUGCUUGACUUUAUGUACUGCACAAAAAAUGCUGUGAAUAUUUUAUAGCAGCAGGCAUAAACGUCGAUGAAAUUAGCAGGUGUACCUUAAAUGUGAAUUAAUUAAUGUUAAAUAGCUACAUAAUGUACAUGUACUAGAUAUACUGUACUACAUACACGCAUGUGUCACCGAAAUACAUGUAAGAACAGUUAAUAAUAUUAUAGAUAUUUGUACGCGAGCAUAAGUGGUUUAUGUAGUUAAAAACCGUUUCGUCAGCACUUUGGCAAAAAUUACUCAAAAAUUCCCGUUCUAUACCUAUGCAAAACAAAUACAACCUAUACAUAACCCAAGCGAGUGUAUACACACGCAAAAUGCUUUACAAAUAGUUAUACAAACAAAUAUAUAUCUAUAAUGGCUAUUAAAAAGAUUUUUUUAUUACACAAACAUAUAUUGUAUUAUGACGUCUAGGUGUCAAUUUAAGGCAAUUUGUCAAUAUUUUAUAGAAUCUGCCUAUUUAAUUGUAUAAUAUCAAUAUCUUUACCCCUGCCCAUAUAUUUCCGAAGAUACAUAUAUAAAUAUAUACAUAUAUACUGAUAAUUGGUUGAAUUUUAAAUUACAAAAUGCUAAAUGAACUACAAAAAAUGAUAUACAUAAAUACUUACAUAUGUAUGAGUAUGCAUUGCGACGAAGCAAAAUGUUAAAACCGUAAACAUAUCAGAUAAUACGGCCAUUUAAACAAUUUUAGCGCUAUAUACAACACGUACAUACCAUAUAUACACAUAAAUAUAUAAAUCCAUGUAUUGCAAGUAAUAAGCUAAGUAAAUACAUAGAAAUUUAGGUAUUCAGAGACGCAUGUAACAACAUUGACAUAUGUACAUAUGCAAGAAAAAAUGCUAAAAAUACAUACAUACAUAGAUUAUACAUAUAUUACGGUAAAUAUAAUAAUGUAUAGUGCAUACAUUACAUAACCAUAAUUAGUUUUCUGUUAAAUUUCUAAGUAUAAUAUUAUAUGUUUUGUUUGUUACGAAAAUUAACUAAUGAAAACGGAAAUUGCCUUUAAGUAGAAAUAUAUUUUUAAUUAUUUUACUAAUUGUGAAUUCAAUAAAUUAUUUAUUUACUCAGUUUUGUUGCAUCAGGAACAAAAUAUAAUGUUAGAUCGACAAGCAAUAGUGAUUAGGCUUGGUUUGUUUUUCUAACUAGUCCAUAUUACAGAUAAAGUCAAGAAGGUAUACGCACAUUUACACAUAGCUCAGCACAUCUCUAAGAAGUAAGUAAUGAGAGAGUACCGCGUAAGGUGCUGAAAAAUGCCUCCAAUGCAACACCCCAAACGAUUUCUAUAUCUAAAUCCACAAAGAUUAUUAAGAUUAGCGACUAGAAACUGUUGCAAAGCAUAUAAGCAUUCUCAGCUAUAAUAAAAAUAUUUUUAGGAUAUGCUAGUACUUUCAAGUACCUUGUGGUUCAACAUUUUUUCCUGCUCGCUUACAAAACCACGGAGCAAUGUAGAAAGUAGGUGUAUGAAUGAAGUAGUUGUUUUUAAAAUAAAAUUUUUACAUAUCCUGAUCAUUCGAAUGGUUACCUCAUAGCUAGCGAGUUCAGUAUUAAUUUUCAAACAAGGUGAAAUAAUGUCCAACAUUUCAGUAAAAAAAAUGUCUGCAAUCUCAUCAAUUACUUAUAACUCUGCUUUACCAUUAGCAUGAAUCACAAAUAGUCAGCUGCCUAGAAAUGAUUACGAUUGUUAGACAGAUAUACAAGUACAAGUAUAGCAGUUUCAUAUAUUUUAGUCUAAAACAGAUAUAUACAUAGCAAACUGUUUGAACAAAAAUCUUAGUAAAAAUUUUACUUUGGGUUUGUUCACACCCACCUUGUUCUUAUUGAAAAUUUAGGAUACGCCGACAGAACUAGGCACACUUUCUGCAUCAACUUGUAUGCUUUUUAACUAGUUCGCUCCUAGUCGAUCAAGACAUUCUACUUGUGGUGGUAGUUUCAAUUCAUAAACUUUAUACAUUUUUGGUAGUGAGAAAGUUUGGGGAAAGCUAUUUGGAAUAAGUUAUAGAUUUUCGAUACUGGACACUGAAAGGCGUAUAUAGAGUUAGUAUAGUCAGAUGGUUAGAUUGGAGCAAUUAGUCGGCAUACAACUAGAAUGCUGGCUGCUGAAUGAUUAUUGUUGUUAAAUAUUUUUUAGUAUAAUUUUAUUUAUCUACACUUAUUGUACAAAUUAAGAACACAAACAACCUACUAUCAUGUAUACAUACAUACAUAUACAUAUGUUACCUACAUAUGUAUAUCAUACACAUUUAAGUAGAAUAUAUUUACAUGCAAAUAUAUGAAAAAUGUAAAAGACUACAAAAACAAAAACAAAUCAUGACAAAAUCUCCCAUCAAAAUGUAUCAAUUAACAAAAGAACAGAAAAAAAGAAAACAAACCGUUGAAGUGAAUAAUGUAAACACAUGCAAUUAUAUACAUAUUUAUGUAUAUUCCAAGUUUUUACAUAAUAUGGAAAAAUUUAGAAGUCAAUAUGUGAAAAAUAGUUCUAUCAAAUUAAUUAAAAAAAAAAAAUAGGUCAAAAUUAUAUCCGUAUUUAUUAUAAAAUAUAUUAUAAAAUUAUUGUAAUAUGAUUAAUAAAAUGGAUUUUUAAAGCAGAUAGAAAAAACCUUAAAUUUAAGCCGACUUUGUGUUGGAUGUUCAUAAAUUUUAUAAAAAUAAGUGUAAAUAUGAUAGUGUAAGAAAAACUUAGGCACACCAUCAACUAAAAGAAAUUAAAAAUAUCAUAAAUAAUAUUAAUGAGGCAUAAAUAAUAUACUCGUAUAUGAAUACAUUUAACACAUACUCACAUUUAAAAGCAAUAUUUUGUAUGUAAGGUAAUAUGAAUUUAUCAGUAAAUUAUUCCAAAAUAUUUUAUUUAUAUAGCAAACGAUCGUUCAAAGUACUUAACCUAAACAUUCUAAUGAUGCAUUCAUACCUAGCAGAUAUUUUUAUUUUUUUAGCAGCACAAUUUUAACAAAAACUACUAUUUUAACUUCAAUAUUUUUUAAGACUUUUGGAUAAAUGAUUAUUUUUUAGCUAAACCAAUUUUGCUUCGCCACUUCUCUAUUCGCUAUGUUUGAACUCUCUUCUUUUGUCAAAAAAUUUACAUUCGAACACGACAACAUAGUUAUACCUAUAAUGGAAUUUAUUAGAAGAGAGAAUAUGUUUCAUUUAAGUAGUAUUACCGCAUGCUAUUUUAUUCAAAUGCUAAUUGGGUUAACACACUAGUUGUUUUUUCAAUUCCCAAACAGAUAGCAUGGAGAUAUACUACUUAUACUACUGUAAAGAGUCAAAUUUAAAUGUAAUGAGAACGGAGCUCCAAAAUAGCGAACUGAGAUAUGGCGAAUUUUUUUUUAUCUUUACAGGGUAUGUUUCCUUUAAGAUUUGUUAAGUAUAAUAACGGCAAUAUGUUGUAAAAGAUGAAUAUAACUUCUUGGAAUCUUUCUUAUAGUACUGAGAUGAAAUUAACUCUCUACUUUCAAAUAAACUGUUCAGUAUAAAUCGGUUGUCCACGGUAACUUAGUGGACUUAACCUAUUUAAAAACAUUGCGAAAAAUAUUUAAUAAGAGGAAAACAGUUGCAUGCAUACAGUUUAAAAUAGUUUUUCCAACAAUUUUUUUAUUUCGCCCACAAGUUCUUAGAUCUUUAAUAGAUUGCAUAACCAGUAUACUUGUAUUACAAAUCUCAGAGCUUAAAGUGAUAUGAAAUAUCAUUUAUACUCACAAAAGAGUAAACCAUUUUCAUACUCGCCCAUAACAGAUGCAUAUGUUAUAUGUGGUUUUUAUAUAAUAUUUCGCCAAAAAAUAUCAAAAAGUAUAAUGAAAUAAAAAUUCUUCCACAACAAAAAUUGUCGACAGUUCUGCAAAGGUAAUGCAUAUGAAUAUAUCAACGAAUAUCAGCAGAAAAAAUAUAAAUAUUUAGCAUAUGUACAUAUGUACAUUCAUACUACAUACCAGAAAGGUCCUAAACACAACCAACGCCCUUCACUUACAUACCAUAUAUGAUGUUAACAAAUAAAAUUAAAAAUAAAAAAGACAAAUUAUAGAAAAUCAUAUAAAUAAUUGUAAUUAACCAGUUUUAGCCUAAGUAUAUAAUGUAAAUUAAGGAAAUACAACUUAUCUUAGCAAAUGUGCCGGCAAAGUGUAAUAUUGAAAAGUAAAUGUUUUAAAAAUAUUUAAAAUAAAAACUAAAAAUUAAUGACAUCAUGCAAAAAGAAGAGAUUUAAUAGCAAACAACACUAAUAUUGAGUUAGUAGCAAAUGCGUAACAUAAAAAAAUAUUAUAAUUAACAGUACGUAAACACGUAAAUAAAUUUGAAAUUAGAAUAAUUUAGUGCAGGUCAUAUUCUUUCUGCUUUUCCCCUCCUAAGCAUUAGUCGUAUUUGGAGGUUGAUACUCAAACAUAUGGGUACUCAUAACGGAAGCUAAGAAUGGCAGGGAUAUUGAUCCAAUGCUCAGAACGGUUGGUGGUAAUGGAAGCCGGUGCUUACAUGUUGAUUUAAAAAAGUAUUUUAUUUGAACUUAGACAAAGUACAUAAAUUUUAUUUAUGAAAAAUACAAAUAUUCAAACUUACAUGUCACGAGAUUCAAACUGAAUGCAUCUUUUAGAAUAUUAUACGCUUGGUAUAUUGGGUUAACUCGCUACCACCUUUACUCUAUUUAUGAAAAUGAUUUUGCAAAACCUCCUUUACCGAGAAGUUUACAACGUAAUCUAUUUGAAAUCUCUCUGUGCAUCACUGUUUUAGUGGAAAGUUUUCAUGCUACCUUUGGUAAAACCAAGUAAAAUAUUUUUAAAUUUCAGAGAUAUUAAUUUUGAUUUGAGGAGAGCGUCAACAAAAAAUAAAUUUCUGUUUUAAUAGUGUUUUAAACAAUUUACUGUUUUAAAUAUUGUGUUAACGAUAUAUAAUAUAUAAACUGUUAACUUGUAAGUAUCGAAUUGUAACGGUAAACUUUUAAUCAGUCGUUGUUUAAAAAAGUGUGUGUGUUCUUUUGCUAUGCAAUUCGGUAAAAUGAAAAAUAAAUCACUUUUAUUUUAGUAUUAAAUGCAGUCGCAUGGUAUUCAUGAAUUUAUUUACGCUUUUUAUACUAUAGAACAAAGAAAUAUCCGAAUAGGCAUACUAUAUAACCCAAAAAUAUAAAUUUUGGAAAAAAGUAAAAGUUGUAUUUACCUUCAAGAUUUUAAUAACUAAUUGCGUUGUCUUUGCUGUUGAUCAAUACAUUCCGAAAACUAUUAAAAAAUUAAUAGAUCAUCUUAUGGAAAACAAAAUAUUGCUAUUUGUUCGAACUAUAUACAUAGAUUAUAUUGACUUUAAAUUUCCAGUUAAAAAUUCAUAACCUGUGUAUAUUCUAUACGAUUUUAUAUUUUCAAUAAAUUACACUAGUUAAAUUAAAACGAAUAUUAAAUCAAGUAUAUAUAAAUAAUAAAAUAAAUAUAAAUCAUAAAGUAAAAUAUAAGUAUUUGAACUUAAGUGUUGAUGUGUUUGUAAUUUAUUGCGCAAAAACUAUGAAAAAUUAAUUACAUUUACUUAAUUUGUUGUAAAUUAAAAACUAAAUACAUAAGAUAACAGUUGUAUUGCAAUUUUCGAUUAAAACAAAUAAUAUAGAAAAUGUUAUAAUUAUGCACAUUUGCAAAAGCGUAAAAAUAAGAUCGAACUUGCAAUCGAAAAUCUUAAUCAUACACCAUUUAAAGUUAUCACUACAAUUUAAAUCAUGAUUAUAUGAUUAAUUACAAUACAUGCGCGUAUGUGUAUGUGUGAACAUGAACGAAUUAACCGUAAUUGUAUCAAGCUGUAAUUAAUGUACCAUACACUGCAAACAAUAAAUCAUGGAAAUAGUAUAAAUAUCUCAUAAAUAUUUGCAUACAAAAGGUCCCUAACGGGCCAUACAAAAACACUUUUAAUUUAACAAUUCACUAUAAUUUAAUAACGGCAUUUAAGUAUUUGGAAACAAUCAAAUACUUAUGCAUACAAAAUCAUAAGCAACACUUACAUAUGAUAACUGAAUUAUUAUAAUUAAAUAUUAUUAUAUAAUCCAUAUUUAAUAUAAUGCAAAUGUUAAAGUGCAACAAUGUUCAAUAAGAAGUUCUGUAACGAAUGGCAGGCUUUCCAACUAUUAAAAAAUACAAAAGCAAAAUCAUGGAAUAAAUCAUAUAGAAUAUGCCCACAGAUACGAUGGAUUAUAAACUCUGUAAUUAUAUGAUAUCGUAAAAAGCAGCUGCAACAAAUGGAGUAAACAUACUAUUAAAAUAUAAUUGUUAAUCAAAAACAAAAAAAAAUGCCAGUGUUUUUUAUUUGAUACCAAAAAUACCCAAUACAGUUGCAGCAACAUUAAUAUGAUAAAGCGUAAUAGACUUAACCAAAUAAUAGCCGUCAUCGAUUCGCUAUUUUUCUGUUCGUUAACCUUGAGCGCUGCGCUUUAGCAAAUAUAAGUUACGUACAAAGCAAUAACAAAAUUAACGAGUUGAAUUUGAUUAAGGGAAAAUACGGAUAUCCCAAUAAAGUGGUAUAACUCAUUAAAGUUUUUAACAAGUUUUAUUUUACAG